AUGUACGUUAAAAGCAAGCUGUCCGACUGGGAUGCCUCCAAACCCGGAGGUCCCCAGACCGGGGAGACCAGAGACUCGGCAGUCGGGCCCCUUCGGCAGUUGAGUUUCGGGGAAAGGACGGCUCGUAAACAGAUACCAAAGGCCGCGUCCCAAAUCCGGAAACAGCCUCAUGACUUAGCAAACCUCGUUACCAUCCCAAGCAGGUACCGUGCGCCGGAGUCGAGGGCUCCAAAGGUGCCCGCGCCAAAGGGUACUGUCUCGGGCACGUACGACAGCCGAAUUGCCAACGCGAUGUUGCGGAAAGUCGCAAUUGAGGCCGCACAACGACGCGAACGAAAUGCGAGCGAUGAGAGCGCUGAAGAAGCCAGCAGCGAUGAGGAAAUCGCCCAACUCCAGACCUUUACCACGGCGGACAAGACCAACGCCCAGGAGUACUACAAGAUGCUGAUCGGGAGAGUGCCUACAGGUAGUGGAGAGCCUACAGGUAGUGGAGAGCAUACAGGUAGUGGAGAGCAUACAGGUAGUGGAGAGCCUGCAGGUAGUGGAGAGCCUGCAAAUCAAGGAGAGCCUGCAGAUCAAGGAGAGCAAAACGACCAGCGGUAUCUGGAUCAGGCGCGGGGAGAGGAGAGUCGGCCACCUGGGGAGGAGGAGCAGGGUCCGCCAGAGGAGGGUCCGCCAGAGGAGGGUCCGCCAGAGGAGGGUCGGUCAGAGGAGGGUCGGCCGCGACAGAAUGUUCGUGAGUGGUCCCCGCCGUCUGCUAGCAAUCGGUUGUCUCCGACGGUUCUUGCGACGGCGACGGCGGCAGGGAAGAAAAAGAAGAAGAAAACGGAGGUUUCGUUGAAGCCUACUCGGGAAGAGAACCACUGGGCGAACUAUGAAGAGCCUUGGCCGGAUGAGGUAGUACGGGCGUUACGUGCGAGUGUGUGGAAACCUGGUGGUUACGACCUGAAUUUGGACGAACUGGAAGAGCGUGUGGAUUACAGACAGGCCUGGAUGGUAGGGAUGAAGGGCACCAAGUGUAUCUUGGCGGCUCCGGGUAAGGAGAUCUUGGGCUUCGUCUCGCUGGACGGAACAGAUGUGGAGACCUUCAUAAGGUUUCAUUCUCCUGCCAUCCGCACAGCACCCAUAGUACUCACCAUGACCCUCGGUGAGAUAUGGAACCUACGCAUCGAAAUACCCACAGGCAUCGUCAAGUUCCUCUCCACCACCGCCACCCUCAAACUCACCUCACUAGUCAUGAACGGCCACAAAGCCCGCAAACCGGACAGCCAUCAUGACCGGGACAGUCGGGGCCAGUUGCUUGCCCAUGCAUACCUCAAAUUGGUGCCACAGGAGUUCAUUGACUCACUGCUCAUAUGCAUAUGGUACGGACACCACAACAACACUACCCCUAUCACCCAAAGCGGUAUGACCACUCAACCGGGUAUGACCAGUCAACCGGGUAUGACCACCCAAAGCGGUAUGACCACUCAAAGCGGUAUCCGUUAUUCCGUUACUCACGUCUGCGUUGGCAGGGAAGCGAAGGUUCAGUCAACCUUGGUCAAGUACUACGUGUAA